AUGAGUUCCAUUACAUUAACAUCAGAAACCCAAAUCAAAGGCAAAACUGCAAUUAUUACCGGUGGUACUAGACACUUGGGUGGCGAAACAGCCAGAGAAUUGGCUAAAUUAGGAGCCAAUUUAUUUUUACAUUAUAGACUGGAUGCCAAUCAAGCCGAAAAUUUCAAACAAGAAUUAACUAAAGAAUUUCCUGAUUUAAAAAUUGAAAUUUAUGGUAGCAAAUUGGAUAAAGCUGAAGAUUUGACUAAAUUGUUUACUACUGCUAAACUGAAAUUCCCUCAAGGUAUUGACAUUGCUAUUAAUAAUGUUGGAAAAGUUUUGAAAAAACCAAUUAUUGAAGUAUCUGAAGAAGAAUUUGAUGAAAUGGAUAUUGCUAAUAAUAAGAGUGCAUUUUUUUUUAUUAAAGAGGCAGGGAUUAAUUUAAAUGAUAAUGGGAAGAUUGUUUCUGUUGUCACUUCUUUAUUAGCCGCUUACACUGAUUCCUAUGGAUUAUAUCAAGGGACCAAGAGUGGAGUUGAAUAUUAUAGUAAAGCUGCUUCAAAGGAAUUGCAUGGCCGUGGAAUUAGUGUCAAUUGUUGUGCUCCAGGUCCUAUGGAUACUCCAUUCUUAUAUGGUCAAGAAACUAAAGAAAGUGUUGCUUUUUUCAAAACUAUGGGAUUACAUAAUAGAUUGACAAAAGUUUCUGAUAUUGUUCCAAUUGUUAGAUUUUUGGUUACUGAAGGAGGUUGGAUGACUGGUCAAACUUUGUAUGCCUCUGGUGGGUUCACAGCCCAUUAA